CAAAGAAGUCGAGCGCGCAGGAAGAAAACACAUCACUGAGUGAAGUUAAGAGGGAGGAGCACGCGGGACCGGAGUCUUGGAGAGACACUUUGGAUCUCCGGACGCGCACGCCAGCCUAAUGAGGGCAUUUAUUCAGUGAAGUUGAUGCUUUAUUGCUGAUAUUUCACCAUGUUUGCCCGUGGACGUUGUGCGGUUGUGUUGGGGCUGCUGUGUGCCGCCGCGGUCUCCGCUGGCGCAUUGGUGUGUCCGACUGGUUGUGAAUGUUCGGAAGCAGCCCUGACGGUCAAAUGCGUCUCCAAAGAUCUGCGGGACAUACCGAGCGGCAUUCCGGGUUACACCAGAAACCUCUUCAUCACCGGCAACCACAUCAGUCAGAUCGGACCCGAGUCUUUCCAGGGGCUGGAGAAUGUGACGAAUUUGUCUCUGUCUAACAACAGGAUCUCUGAGGUGAAGUCUCACACAUUUUCCAGCUUGCGGAGCCUCAGAUCGCUGGACCUCAGCAACAACCAGCUGGCUGUCAUCCAUCCUGAGGCAUUCACUGUCCAGAGCCGUAUGCUGAGGGAGCUCAACCUCAGCCGGGCUCUCUACAACCACUCAUCUGUCAUGGAUUUAGCCACUUCUCUUCGCUGGAGCAGCUUGAGUGACCUGCUGGUGCUGGACCUGUCCAGUAAUGGCCUUGUCUUCUUGCCCUCUGGCAUUUUUUGCCAUCUUGUCGGCCUGCGGCGCCUUCAGCUUGGCAACAACUCUAUAGUGUCUAUACAUAACGGCACAUUCACAGGACUGGAUCACCUCCAGGAGCUCGAUCUCACCCACAAUGCCCUCAGGACCUUGCGUGAGGAGGCUCUAAAAGAGUUGGAGCAAUUGCAUUCGGCAAGGCUUCAUUUGGCGGACAAUCCGUUCACCUGCACAUGUGACAUUGAACCAUUUGCCGCCUGGCUCAAUGGCUCUCGAGGGCAAGUAGUGGACAUCGAGGGCUUGACUUGUGCGUUUCCUGUCGCCUUGCACAACACAUCGCUCUUGACGGUGGGCGACCUGGAGUUGGGUUGCCAUAAAGCAGGAGACAGCGACAACCUUGCGCUACAGACCUCUUACGUGUUCCUGGGUCUGGUGCUGGGAUUUGUUGGUCUCAUGUUUCUAUUUGUCCUUUACCUGAACCGCAAAGACAUUAAGAAGCGGAUUUACGACAUGCGGGAUGCAUGCCGGGAAGUCUGGGAAGGGUACCACUACCGAUACGAGAUUGACUCAGAUCCUAGAUUGUCGCAAGUGUCUUCAACAGCCGAUGUGUGAUCAGACACAAGCUCUUCCUAAACCAAGCUCCUUAUAUAAACUUUUUUCUAGCACUUUACUUGAAAGGGUGUUCAGAAGACUGUCAUGAAAACUUUACAAUCAUGACACAACACAUGCCUAGAAUGUAAAUGAGACUUUAUGGAUGGUUAUGACAACUGUCAUUAAGCGUCAUUCGCUCAGUCAUUUUAAAUGCAACGAUGACACUGUUUAAGGUGUCUUUAUCACAACUUGACAUUAACAAAUAUAUCAAGUCUGUGUUGUGACGACAUUACCAAGAUAACAGACCUUGUCAUAAACCUAUCAUAAACAUGAUUGUUAUGAAGCCAUUGUUUCAUAUAUUUUAUUACACCAUCAUUAAUAUUUUUUUUAUGUUAGCUACUGUGAAACUAGUUGAAUUUGUCAUAAAAAUGUUAUUAAAUGCUAUUAAAUAUUAAGGACGCUGUUAUGAAAAUA